CUCGCUCCGGCAUGCUGUGUGCGUGGGUUUCCUCUGGGAACUUUGAGAAGACUGCACUGGAACUACUCAACAAGACGGAGAUGGCGCCGACCGACGGCACGCGGGCAGGGUCCAGGUGGGUGCAGGUGAGCAGGUGGGGGCCAGGGGCGGGGCCAGGGGCGGGGCCACGCCCCGUGGUCACGUGGUCCAGCACCCCCACCCCCCACCCGCCAUUUCGGACCCCCCGGGGCCGCUCCUCGCUCCGUCUCCCCGCUCCGUCUCCCCGCGACAGCUGCUCCGCCAUGGCGCACAUCGACGAGAACCCCUUCGCGGACCCCGUUCUCAACCACCCCUUCCAGGACCCUGCUGUGACCCAGGUGACCGACUCCUCCAACCGAGGCCUCACAGAGUACAACCCCUUCGCCUCUGAUGACUUCGGCCGACAGAUCAACUCCACGGUGCCCGUGGGACCAGCAGGAGCCCCUCCACUGGCAUCGCAAACCCAGCCGGCCGUGAUGCAGCCCACCGAGGAGCCCCCCACCUUCCCAGCGCAGUUGCCCUCCCAACAGAUGGGCAGUGCCAUCACCGCCGAUCUGAAGCGCCAGCAGGAGGAGCUAGAGCGGAAGGCGGCCGAGCUGGACCGGCGCGAGCACGAGAUGCAGGGGCACAACUACAAUGCACGCAAGAACAACUGGCCACCCCUGCCAGCCAAGUGCCCCGUGGGGCCCUGCUUCUACCAGGACUUUGCAAUAGACAUUCCUCUCGACUUCCAGCGCACGGUGCGCAUCCUCUACUACAUGUGGAUGUUCCACUCCAUCACGCUAUUCCUCAAUGUGCUCGGCUGCCUCGCCUGGUUCAUUGUCGACGCCUCCAAGGGCGUGGACUUUGGACUGGCCAUUGUGUGGUUCAUCGUGUUCACGCCGUGCUCCUUUGUCUGCUGGUAUAGGCCGGUCUACAAGGCGUGCAGGAGUGACAGCUCCUUCAACUUCUUCCUCUUCUUCUUCAUAUUCUUCGCUCAGUUCGUAGUGCACGUGCUGCAGGCUGUCGGCAUCCCAGGCUGGGGAAACUGUGGAUGGAUCUCCACGAUCGGAGCAUUUUCAUCGAACAUCGCCGUGGGUGUCAUACUCUCCAUCAUCGCCGUCAUGUUCACCGCCUCGGCCGCCCUCUCCCUCAUCAUGCUGAAGAGGGUGCACUCGAUGUACCGACGUACAGGCGCCAGCUUUGAGAAGGCGCAGCAGGAGUUUGCACAGGGCGUGUUCACCAACCGCACGGUGCAGAACACGGCAGCCAAUGCCGCUGCCGCCUCCCUGCGCGACCCCAUGUGAUCCUCUCGCCCCUUCGCUCUGCCCCCACACCUGGACCCCCCCUGCCCUCCACUCCCAACGACCCCGACUGCCCCUUCUGGCCCCUGCCGGAGGUCGUGGGGCAGCGGCUGCCGGCAUGAAGCUGAGGAAGAGUGUGCGGCACCCCUCCUGGCACGCGGCGUGUUGUUACACUCGCUCGCGCACUCGCACACACCAAUCACGCACAUCAUCUUGGAAACGCACACAUGCACAAGCACACACCAUCGCACACACAAGCACACACCAGCGAACACCAUCGCACAUACCAUAGCACACACACAAGCACACACUAUCGCACACACAAGCACACACCAUCGCGCGCACACCAUCACACACACAAGCACACCAUCACACACACAAGCACACACCAUCACACACACACAAGCACACACCAUCGCACACACAAGCACACACCAUCGUACACACAAGCACACACCAUCGCACACCCAAGCACACACCAUCACACA